CUCUGUUUCUUACUGACUCCAUUCAAAUUGAGUUGUUCUACACAACGUUAGAGAAUGUUCUUGUUUUUCAAUAUUAACCAUUGUAUUAUCUGUAUAGUCCUGUGCUAUAUGUGUGUUCCUGCAAAUGCAUUUCCUGUACCACCCAUCUCUAGGGAAAAACAAUUGUCUGGAUUCCUGUGAUAGGACCACUCUGGAGGCUUCACUGGGCUCCACAGUGCUCCUCAACUGCAACUUCGAAGAUACUUGGCUUGAAAACAGCUCCCAUCAGGAGUGGGUGUUCUGGAGCAAACCUCCUGGUUCUAGACUAGUCAGUAUCACAGCCAAAGGCCAGACUGACUUCAAAGACCCAAGAGGUGGUAGAGUGAAAGCCUUUCCUUACCAGGGCAAACUUGGGAACUAUUCUAUCCGCAUCGAUGUCCUUCAGGACACUGACCUUGGCUGGUACUGCUGUGAGUGGGGAGAUGAGUGCCGUAGAGUGGAGCUCACCAAAGCUGAAGAGGUUAAGGAAGAGGGGGCUUGGAACAAAAAUGUAAUGCGUUUGUUUUACAUUUCCACUGGAGUGGUCAUCUUCAUUCUACUUCUGAGUACAUGCCGCAUCUUACAUUGGAAAUUUACAGGGCAUUGCAAAAAGAGCCAACCUUACUAUGAAAAUGAGGACUUCCACAGUGGUCUGAAUUCUAUGCUUCUAUUGAAUUAUGAAAACCGUACAUUUAGCCUUUGGGAUAUAACAUCCAUCAAACCAAGUCAACAUCGCAAUAAUUACAAUUCACAGUAUGAUGAAUACAUUCAUACAUAUAUUCAUAUUAAUAUCACAGGCACAAGGGCCAGCACCCCUCCCCCUGAGGUCAUUGCAUGUGACGAAAAUGUAGGACAAGGUGAAGAGCAACAACAGAGAGGAGAUGCCAAUGGCGGUAUCAUUUAUGAAAACAAUGAGCAUGAUCCAACUAUUAAUCAACAACCAGAUAUUACCAGAAAUGUCCGAUUCUCUCAAGAUAAUCAAUCCACAAAUGAAAGUCAGAGAAGACUCCGUGUCACAUUUCAUAGAGAACUCUUUAGUAGAUUACGUCAAGCAAGUCUUGGACGACAUUCCUAUGUAAAUCAAGCAGAGCUCAGCCAACAAGCAAGAUCUCCAAAAGGAAACGGUCAAAGAGCAAGUUUUUGGAGAAAGAGAGCCAAACACAAAUGUGAAUAUGAAAACCCUACCUACAAUAACAGUAUGGAUCAGCUCAACUUAUAAAGGAUGGUUGGGUAAAAUAUCAGAUAACUUUGAACUUAAGUGUAUUUUAAGGUAUUCAUGUAAAACUCAUGAAUACUUACAUGCAGCUGCACAGUCAUAACUUUGUGGUUUUCCACAUGGUGAAUAAAAAUGUAUGUAUUUAUUAAUGUACACUCGAUUUAGUUGUACAUACUGACCAAAAUGCUCCUGACCAUAUAGUACAUUAAUUAUUAAACUCAAAUAGUUUGCCAUCCAGUGUUUAUUUAUUUUUUAAGCUCAACAUGAAAAUUCAGUACUGCUUCGUCAAAAUUAUGCCAUCAGUCAAUUUGAGAGAAUUUCCAGUUUGUUAUUGUAGAUGAAAGUAAUCUUAAAUAGAUGUUACAGAUUUAGCUCAAUCUCCUUUUGUGUAAGUAUAUAACAUGCAGAGCAAGACAAUAUGUGUCUUGUAUAUUGUAUAAAUCUAACCAAGAGUUUAACUUGUAUUGAAUGUUUGUAUGCUGUAUGCUGUAGUGAAAUAUAGUUUGUCUGCCAAAGUCUAAUGAGAGGGAAAUUGUGAAUAUGAUAAUCAAGGCAAUUAAAGCAAAUUAUAAUCACC